AUGGCUGCAGCUUCCGUCCGGCAGGUUAACAUUGCCAUCAUUGCUCCAGGCGCUGGUGGGGUAGGGAAGUGCUUCCUGUCCCAGCUCGAGCAGCUGACCGUCCGCCGUCCGAGCCCGAAGGUCGUCCUGACCUACAUCUGCACGAGCAAGAAGGCCAUCUACAGCACCGACCACGUGGCCAUCCCCCUCAACACCGUCACAACCACCCUCGCCUCUUCCCAGCAAACUCCGCUCGCCCUCCCGAAGCUCGUCGACUUCCUCGGCACCUCGGGCUCCAAGACGGUCCUCGUCGACAACACCAGCUCGCAGGAUGUCGCCGAUGCGUAUCCGCUCUUCCUCAGCCACGGUAUCAGCAUCGUGACGCCCAACAAGAAGGCCUUCUCGGGCUCCUACAAGCUGUGGCAGGACAUUUUCAGCGCCGCCGAGCAGUCGGGUGCCAAGGUGUACCACGAAUCGUCGGUGGGCGCCGGCCUGCCCGUCAUCUCGACGCUCAAGGACCUGGUGGACACGGGGGACGAGGUGACCAAGGUCGAGGGCGUCUUCAGCGGCACCAUGUCCUUCCUCUUCAACUCGUUCGCCCCGACCUCGGGGUCCGGCGGCAAGUGGUCGGCCGAGGUGAAGAAGGCAAAGGAGCUGGGCUACACGGAGCCUGACCCGCGAGAUGACCUGAACGGGCUGGAUGUCGCGCGUAAGCUGACCAUUCUCGCGCGGUUGGCGGGCCUGCCGGUGGAGUCUCCGGCCGCCUUCCCCGUGCAGAGCCUCAUCCCCAAGGAACUCGAGUCUGUGGCUAGCGGGGACGAGUUUCUCGAGAAGUUGCCGGCGUUUGAUGCCCAAAUGGAGGAGACCAAGGCGGCGGCGGAGAAGGAGGGCAAGGUGGUGCGUUUCGUUGGUAGCAUCGACGUGGCCACGAAGCAGGUCAAGGUCGGGCUCGAGAAGUUCGAUCUGUCACACCCCAUUGCGGCGCUGAAGGGCAGCGAUAACAUCAUUAGCUUCUACACUAAGCGGUAUGGAAGCAACCCGCUAAUCAUCCAGGGCGCUGGCGCUGGUGGCGAUGUGACGGCGAUGGGCGUGACGAGCGACCUGCUGAAGGUGCUUUCCCAGAUUGCUUAG